CAUUCACGCCGUUCAGUAUUUGUGCACUAUAGGAAUAACAAGCUGAACAGGUGGGACAGGCACUUGGUUGGUAUGAGACUUCGUGGAGAGAGGGUUCCCAUCUGUGGGACUGAGGCGGUAAGGCCAAGCAAGCCCGGCCCGACCUCUGCCGCCAUUCUGUAGCAGCAGGACUCAGGAUGAGACAAAGAUACCUGCUGAACAAGGGGAAGGACUUCUGCCCAGAGCCUGCGGCGAGGGGGCGGAGCUGAGCAGCCGCAGGUCUCGCAAGAAGGCCAAGAGCCACUGAGGCUGCGGGGUGGUGGGUGGAGCACUGGAGGCAGCAAGGACCCGGAGCCCAAAGGCGGGGCUGCAGGCAGCGUUGGGCGGCUUGUCGCGGUGCAGCGUGGCGUGGCGCACUGAGCUGGCUCUGCAGCGGGUGAGCGGGUGAGCGGGUGAGCCAGGCCGAUGGCGGUGUCGACGGCCCUGUCGGCUGCAGCUGCGGCUGCAGCCCUGUCCGGCCUGGCAAUGCGAUUGUCGCGUUGGGCGGCGACGCGCGGCUCCUACGGCGCCUUCUGCAAGGGGCUCACGCGCACGCUGCUCACCUUCUUCGACCUGGCCUGGCGGCUGCGCGUGAACUUCCCCUACUUUUAUAUGGUGGCCUCGGUGAUGCUCAACGUCCGCCUGCAGGUGCGGAUCGAGUGAGCCAUCGCCGGCCACAACGGCGGCCCCCCCGGGUGGAGAGCGCCAUCUGCGCCACCCGCGCCACCCCGCCAUCCCCUCCAGGCGGCCGCUUGAAGGACCGUGGGGCCGCUCAGGGCCCAGAGACAGUGGCGGGGGGGGCGCCAACGGAACUGCCUGGGCCCCUCUAAUUUAGGCCUCCGCGGAGGGCCACAGUACUGCAUCCCAUACUGCAAAAACCCUUCGCAGCCGAGUCAUUUUCCGCGGCAUCCAAAGAAUCAUCAGAGUCUGGCAAACCUGUUGCCUCCGAUUGGUCAGAAAGAGGGAAAACCCGAAAGAGGAGGUGCUACCGCAGGAUUUACCAGGCCCUGUGCAGGAAGGUAUGCACGAACAGGUUGGAAUGGGGGCUGUUGGGUAUAACUCGUUUGUGGAAAUAGGGAAUACGCCAUGGCACACCUGCUGCGUAGCCAAGCUUGGAAACUGAAAAGGUAGGUAAGGCUCUCCCGUGUCCCUGGUGGUGGUUCCAUGAUAGGGUAUUGGGAGACAGGGAGCCCCUCUCACCCACCUCCAGGCGUCAAGUCCCUUUUUUGAUUGUUUGUUUGUUUUCGAGACAGGGUUUCUCUGUCUAACAUUUCUAGCUGUCCUGGAACUAGCUCUUGUAGACCAGGAUGGCCUCGAACUCACAGAGAUCCACCUGCCUCUGCAUCCUGAGUGCUGGGAUUGAAGGCGUGGAUCACCACCACCCUGACUUCAAGUCCCUUUUUUGUAAGAGCCUCCUAAGAUGUAACCUGAACCCCCAAUGACAGAGUGAAUUGGGCCAGUGAGCCCCCCCCCCAGGAAGGUGC